ACAGAGGAAGAAGAGGCAGAAGAGUGGCACGCACGAUUUGAGUGGAGGUGUCCGUUUUAAAGGGAAACCAAUGUUGAGGUUCGUGGUGGGAAUAGCGGGAUCUGGGACAGCUGCUGGUUGCAGGCAUCGAGCGGCAUAACACAAGCAGUGUGCCAUCCCCUUGUCCUCCUCUCAUGCCCCCCCGUGUCUGUCCUCCCUACCUGUUAGUGUCCCCACCUUGUCCCCUCAUUGUCUGCCUUGUCCAGCCUGAAGCCCUCCUCUCCCUCAUGCUUUGAACAAAGAUCGCACACUGCCAGUCCAAUGACUGCCUGGAUCGUCCUGCCUGUCAGCCUCUCUGCCUUCUCCAUCACAGGAAUAUGGAUAGUCUACGCCAUGGCUGUGAUGAAUCAUCACGUUUGUCCUGUGGAGAACUGGUCCUACAAUGUGACAUGUACAGAGGAGAUGGCCAGGCCAGGCUUCCCUAAGACGUGCUGCACCAUACAGGACAUCCCUCUCAUCAGUAAAUGUGGCUCCUUCCCCCCUGAGAGCUGUCUGUUCAGUCUGAUCGGGAACGUCGGAGGCUUCAUGGUGGUGAUGGUGUGCCUUCUGCGCUAUGCCCAGGUGAUUGAGCACAGCCACGGUUGCUGGAUUAACACCAACGCCCUGUUGUCUGGCUGCACCAACGCUGUAGGACUGGUCAUGGUGGGAAACUUCCAGGUUGACCAUGCCAAGUCUCUGCACUACGUUGGCGCGGGCGUGGCAUUCCCUGCGGGUCUGCUCUUCGUGUGCCUGCAGUGUGUUCUCACCUACCGGAUGGCCAUCACCGCCCUUGACUACUGGAUGGCACAUGUCCGUGUGGCGCUGGCCGCAGGAGCCCUGGUCUCACUUGUCCUUAGUGGUAUCUUCUUCAUCCACGAGAGCUUUGUUCUCCAGCAUGCAGCAGCCAUCUGCGAGUGGGUCUUCACCGUGGACAUCCUUGUCUUCUACGGCACCUUCACCUACGAGUUUGGCACGGUCACCAACGACACCAUGAUGGUCGGCCUGCAGCAGACCCACCACCACUCGGGGGUCAUGAUGGGCGGCACGGCCGGGGCCAUGUCGCUGGGCAUGGGAGCCAAGGGCCUAAAGUCCCCUGGAGGAAGCAGCACAUCCACCCAUCUCAACUGCACCCCAGAGAGCAUAGCCAUGUUGUAGUUCUGCAGGGGUCAAGGAGAUAACCACACUGCUGCAGAUGGGAACCACCACACAGGCAGCAGGAGUCAAUGAUGGCACUGGCUAGCCAGAGGGAGGAGACAAGACAUUGAAAAUCACAAGGGUGACACACCGGGUCGGUAUAGCUGUAUUGGGUUUUUGUGUUUUAAUAAGCCAUCUGCUUCUCCACUACGGUCGAAUUUCCUUCGCUUCAUCAGCAGAAAGGAACACUUACACAAAUAUUAAAUAUCUGGGGUGAUGAUGCUGUGACUGUUUCCAAGAUGGCUACUGGCCUCUGCACACUGACAUGAUACCUUUCUUAAAGAUCGGUCACUGAGGCUUUUGCCAGUGUUCAUCCUUGUCAUGUUGGGAUGACAGACACAAAAUAAGGUUUAUUUUAUAUGCCAACUUUUAGGUUUUUUUCUGCCACAUUUUACAGACUUCCUCUACCUGGCCAUGGCUUGUGGUGGGGCCCGGUCUCUCAUGCCAUUCAACUCUGCACGCUACAAUUUGAAUGAGAGAGUAGAGUGCGUCGUUGGAUUGAUCAGACUGAGUUUUUUUCUUUUGUCUGUACUCUGCCAAUGUUAACGCAUCGUAAUAGAAAAUAUUGAAUGUUUGAGAAGUGGAACUAUAGAUUGUAUACCGUUAUGUACAUGACAGUUCAGUCUGGCCUCAGAGCAAUACAAAAUGUACUAAAUGUAUUUCUGAGCACCUCCCAGAUGUAUGAUAGCUACUAAUGGUUUAGUUACUUGACACAAACUAAAGUAGGGAGGUUGGUUAAUAAAGAGGAUGGUUGGGCGUAACCCGCGACAGACUAGCAAGCCAAAGGUUGCAUGUUUUAGAAACGUUAGGGACAACUAUAGCAUUUUAGCUAACCCUGAUCGUAAACGUAACCAAAUCCACCUAACCUUUGUCAUUCGUUCCCCUAACUGCCCAUGUUAAUUCUCCUUUGUUAUGGUGCAACAUGCAACCUGGUCUCAAAUAAAGAUGUGCAAUACUAUACGUCCUCAAAGAUGUAUGAUAAGUUAUGUCUUCCAAUUCGUAUGCUAUUGUACGACCGGGUAACACGUAUGAUACUAUACGUCCUCUAAUUUGUAUCAUAUUGUACGACUGCUAUUCCAUUCAUAAUGUAACUUAACAUAAUUGAUGUCUCAGAUUUACAUACAGAAUAAUACGAUUAGCCCUGAGACCAAGUUGAACAGGUUGUACGCACACCUUUUUAUUGAUCAAUCAAGUAUAAAUGAACUGGAGAAGGAUUUGUGAAAUUAGCAAUGUCAUUUGACAAGAACAUUUACACAUUUUGUGCACAAUACCUGCCUAAGACCUCUAAUAGCGGCCUCAAAAGGGCAAGUGAUAUGACUUGAUUUCUUAUUGUUUAAAAUUAUAUCUCUGUUUAGUGAUUUAUAUUAGUUAUUCCCUAGAUAGCAUUUUAUAGCUGUAUGAAAUGCUAUGUACAUUUAUCUAGCUGACAGAAUGCUCACACAACCCUGCUGGUCUCUUCUGCCCCUCUUUUGCUGGGGCAACCUCUGCGUCUCAAUCACUUUUGCUUGAUUUGUUUUAUAUUGCCUAUUCAUGUUGCCUCUGAAUUUCUCACUUGUUACCUACUGGUUACAUGGCUUGUGUUUUUUUUAUGAGGUCACCUUACUGUUUUCAAUCUUUGUUUGGUACGGUAAUGGCCCUUUCAUCUGCCAAAGUAAAGUAUCCCAGAGUAGUGUUCUGCAUUUUGUGAGGUGUUUGAGACUUUUCUAUGAAUAGUUAAACACAUUGCUCUUAAUUUCUGAUCUGCAGUUUUAGCUAUAGUACAACAUGUAAUGUACACGAUUAUAAGUAAGUCAACUAAUCGGCUACAAUCACAGGUUGGUGGCACCUUAAUUGGGGUGGACGGGCUCGUGGUAAUGGCUUGAGUGGAAUGGUAUCAAACAUGGUUUCCAGGAGUUUGCCAUUCCAUUACUUCCGUUCCAGCCAUAAUGAGCCAUCCUCCCCUCUGCAGCCUCCACUGGCUACAAUCCAUUUUGAAAGGUGCAAAUAUGACUCAUUGAACUGUCUUAUUUGGAGAUUAUUUUAUUUAUAUAUAUAUAUUAUUUCAAGUCAAAUUUUAUGUCACAUGCUUUGUGAACAACCGGUGUAGACUAACAGUGAAAUGCUUACUUACAGGCCCUUCUCAACAAUGCAGGAGAAAGAGAAAGAAAAUGGAUGGAUUCCAGGCUGGUUCCUUGGAAGCCUGAUUUGGAUACUGUGGGCAAUACAAUCUCCGUAAGAGACUUCUCAAAGCCUGUUAUUAAUGUGCUGAGUGAGGUGCUGUACAUUUUGAGAUCAGGGCAUGUAUUUAUAGAGCGUCUCAGAUAGAUGUCGACCGAUUAUGAUUUUUCAACGUCGAUCCCGAUUUUAUUGGAUGUCCAAAAAAAGCCAGUACCAAGGUUUUUUAAACUUUGUCAUUAUUUAAAAUAUAUAUUUUUCAAUUACAACAAUACUCAAUGAACACUUCUAUUUAACUUAAUAUAAUACAUCAAAUCUAUUUAGUCUCAAAUAAAUAAUGAAACAUGCUCAAUUUGGUUUAAAUAAUGCAAAAACAGUGUUUGAGAAGUAAAAGUGCAAUAUGUGCCAUGUAAAAAAAGCUAACGUUUAAGUUCCUUGCUCAGAACAUGAGAGAGCUGGUGGUUCAAUAUUCCCAGUUAAGAAGUUUUAGGUUGUAGUUAUUAUAGGAAUUAAGACGCGUCGACUAUUUCUCUCUAUACCAUUUGUAUUUCAUAUACCUUUGACUAUUGGAUGUUCUAAUAGACACUAUUGCCAGCCUAAUCUCAGGAGUUGAUAGGCUUGAAGUCAUAAACAGCGCUGUGAAGCAAGCAUUGCUAAGAGCUGCUGGCAAACGCAGUACAUUUUGAAUGGAUGCUUACGAGCAUGCUGCCGCCUACCACCGCUCAGUCAGACUGCUCUAUCAAAUCAUUGACUUAAUUAUAAUAUAAUAAACACAGAAAUAUGAGCCGUUGGUAAUUUAAUAUGGUAAAAUCCAGAAACUAUCAUUUCGAAAACAAAACGUUUAUUCUUUCAGUGAAAUACAGAACCGUUCCGUAUUUUACCCAACGGGCGGCAACCCUAAGUCUAAAUAUUGCUGUUAAAUUGAACAACCUUCAAUGUUAUGUCAUUAUGUAAAAUUUUGGCUAAUUAGUUCGCAAUGAGCCAGGCGGCCCAAACUGUUGCAUAUAACCUGACCCUGUGCAAUGAACAAGAGAAGUGACACAAUUUCCCUAGUUAAUGUUGCCUGCUAACAUGAAUUUCUUAACUAAAUAUAUGCAGGUUUAAAAAUGUAUACUUCUGUGUAUUGAUUUUAAGAAAGGCAUUGAUGUUUAUGGUUAGGUACAUUUCAUGCAAUGUUUGUUCUUUUUCCGCGAAUGCUCUUUUGUUAAAUCAUCCCCCGUUUGGCGAAGUAGGCUGCGAUUCAAUGAUAAAUUAACAGGCACCGCAUGGAUUAUAUGCAACACAGGACAAGCUAGUUCACCUAGAAAUAUCAUCAACCAUGUGUAGUUAAUCAAUCUUCACAUAAUCACUAGUUGUUUUUUAUAAGAUAAGUUUAAUGCUAGCUAGCAACUUACCUUGGCUCCUUUCUGCACUCGCGUAACAGGUGGUCAGCCUGCCACGCAGUUUCCUCGUGGAAUGCAAUGUAAUCGGCGUCCAUAAAUACCGAUUGAUAUGAAAACUUGAAAUUGGCCCUAUUUAAUCAGUUGACCUCUAGUCUGAGUAGGAGUGCUGCUCUAGGAUCAGGUUCCCCUUUCAAUAUAACCUUAUUUAUUUCUCAUUGCCAAACAUCUAAGUGUAAUGAGUUGAAAUGAUUCAGAAUAAACCUCUCAACUUUGACUGACUACCAACCAAAUAUGCCCCAGGUGAGGGUCACCAGGAGAAAACGUAUUUCUGUAGUUAACCAGCGCCACCUUGAGGCCAAUGAUUGUCUCCGUAGAGAGAAAUCAAAUGCAAGUCAUUAAUAGCCAAGUCCCUGGGGCCUAUGUUUAAGGGGUUUCAAUUGAAAUGGGCCCCAACUGCCCAGGGGCUUCACUGGCAGAUUUCUUUACGCAAAUGUAUAAAGAACUUUAUAUGCCUAUGUAUUUCCUGAAAUUUGAAAAAUUGAAUUUUUUAGGGGGUGGGCCCCUAUAACAUUAGUGAUCUUAUGACAUUAUCACUAACCCAGUAUUUUCUGUUGGGCCAUUGUGUGUCUAGUAUAUUUUCAACUGUACAAUACAAUCCCUGAAUGGUGUUUCAGCCAACAAAACUAUUUUAAAUGUUUAGUUUUCUUCAUGUCAGCUACCUCUGUGAUUGUGAGUGGACUUGUUGUUCCAAGGCAGAUGCUGAGCAGAUGCGUAGCUGGUAUUUCCUAUUCUUCUUUCCAAAAAAGAUAGGAAUCUACACUGGAAUUUGGUGGGUUGGCUAUGUUAUAAAACAGCCAGGCCACACCGAAAAUACAAAAUGAAAGCAUACUGGUAGUUUAUGAUGUAAACAUUCUAUAGAUCCAGUGUAAGUUCACCUAGUUUGAUUCUGUUGGCUUUUUUCCCCCUCAUUCUCUACCAGCCAAAGUUUUUUUCAAAUAUUUGAUUUCAAAUAACCUUAUUUUGUGAUGUAUUUCACCAUACUGUAACUUAGUAUCAAGGAUAGACUUCAACCGGCAGCUUUGACGAAAAUGUACCUACACGGGAUUGGAACUAUUCUGUGUAAACAUUUCUCUUUAUAGUAGACAAGGCCAAAACAUGAUGAAAUGGCAUUUAUGUACUUUUUUGUUCCAAUUCCUGCACUUAUUGUAACUUUUUUAGUUGUGCGUUUUGUGUGAGAGAAUACCAAUUCCAGUUGCAAAAGACUAACAGCAAUGCAGAUCAAAUGUCUUGGAAAGAUAUAAUAGUUUUCAAAGAUUAUAAAAUGACUAUGUAAAACAUGUAUUUUACUAAAUUCUUCUCUAUAAUGGGAGGAAAGAUGAUUACCCCCUCCCCCCCAAAAAAGCAAACAAAGAAUUUUCUUUUAUAAAUUGUCUCUAAAGGUGUAUGCUUAUCUAUCAUUUACCAAUUUUAUUUUGUCAGAUUUAUAUUCAAAUAUGAAAUAAAAUUGAAUUAUAAGCAAAUGA